GUUGUGCAGUGCGGUGUUUAUUUUCCGGUUAAGAUUUUUGGUACGUUUUGUGUCCGGCAGCAGCAACAGCACUAUUUCGCUCCAUCCCAGUUGACGAUGCAAUGCUAAAAUGCCCGAAUGCAUUGCAUCUUUCACUGAUUGAAGCAAACAAACAACGAUAAAAUUUCCAUUAAAUUUCGACAUUCGCAUUUCGUGCUUUUUUUUCUUGUGCCCGUGAAAGGACCUGCUAGUUAGCGCAUACGUUCAUUUAGUCCGUGAAAGGUCCUUUACUGGCCAUCGCGCACAACGCGUACACAUUCGCCGGGUGUUGGUUUUUUUCGGGAGCGCGAGCGGGACGUGAUUUUCAGUGUUAAUUCGUCGUUUGUAGUGGUGCGGUGCUUUCUGCAAUUCAAAAAAUAAAGAAAGAGAAAAAGACGUGCGUGUGUGCGCACUUUUCCCGUUUACUCACGCAAAUUUUUCCUUCAUUUCGGCAGUUUCGCUUGUUGAACGCGGCGGCGUGGUGUUAGAUUCGUGGUUACCUUCGAUUUCGGUCCGCUGCCGACAGCUGGCGCUUCGUGUUUUCGGCGAGUGAACAGUACUGUUUGUUGCUUGCUGGUGGCAAUAAAAAAGUUUAAAAAAUCUUUCUAGCGCAUUUCGGUGUCAGCUUGUUUUUUUUUUUAUUGUUUUUUCUUGUUAUUCAUUCGGCCGCCCAUUGGUUUCUUUUCCUGGUUUCAAAAGAAGACACACACAUGUGUGAUAGUGAAUCGUGAUUUUUUUUCUUUCUUAUUUUGCGGCUAAUGUUUGACGUUUGAGUGUUCGUCGUCGGCUGAUCGGGUCGUAAUCGUCACACUUCGGAUAAAAGCAGCACACGAAUCCUUCGCAUACUUUCGGAGCAAAGCAGCACUUGUCUGGCCACGCACACACUCAACAAUGGCAUUCAUAUUUACAGAGAUGUACGACUGGUAUAGAGACCUAAUGGACAAUAAAAGUGAUCCGCGGGUGGCACAUUGGCCGAUGAUGUCCUCACCGCUACCCACACUCGCACUGUGCAUAUUUUACGCAUAUUUUAGCAAAUCGCUAGCGCCAAAAUUAAUGGAGAAUCGAAAACCGUUGGAUCUUAGGAACUUUCUAGUGGUAUACAAUCUAUUCCAGACCGUGUUCAGUACGUGGAUAUUUUAUGAGUAUUUACAAAGUGGAUGGUGGGGCCACUAUAGCUUCAGGUGUCAACCGGUGGACUAUUCCGACAAUCCCCUUGCCUUGCGGAUGGCGCGAACGUGCUGGUGGUACUACAUCUCCAAGUUCACCGAAUUCUUCGACACGAUAUUCUUCAUCCUGCGAAAGAAGUACCAGCAUGUGUCGACUCUGCACGUCAUCCAUCACGGGUGCAUGCCGUUCUCGGUGUGGAUGGGAAUGAAGUUUGCUCCGGGUGGUCACAGCACAUUCUUCGCCAUGCUGAACUCGUUUGUACAUAUUGUUAUGUAUUUUUACUACAUGGUAGCAGCACUAGGACCAAAAUACCAGAAGUACAUCUGGUGGAAGAAGUAUCUCACCGCUUUCCAGAUGGUACAGUUCGUGGCCAUCUUUACGCACCAGUUCCAACUGCUGUUCACCGAAUGUGACUACCCGAAGGGCUUCAUGGUGUGGAUCGGUCUACACGGUGUCAUGUUCCUUUUCCUGUUUUCGGACUUCUACAAGCAAGCCUACAGCAAACGGAAAACGGCCAUCGCGAAGCGGGCAGCCGAACAACAGCUACAGCGGCAACGGUACGAUGCCCUCGCGCCCAACGGCACCAGCAACGGCGGCAUCAGUCAACACAUCAACGGACACCAUCAUCUCGCCUAUCAGAACGGGAAGGUGCCGAACGGGGACCUGGUCAACAAUAACCAGGCGGGUGCAUGCAUGCCGGUUCUGGAUGAGGAUGAGCUGCUGCACCAGCACAAGCUAAUGUCCAACGGGGGGAUCUACACGAACGGAUCCGUUCCGAAAGCGGCCGUCGCCAACUCAUAUAUCAAUGGCAACCUGAACGGUUUCGUCGAUGGUGCCCGGGAUGAUAACGCGAACGCCAACAACAACAACGGUGACGCGGAUGGGUUCCUGCGGAUGCGGAAAAUCCAAUAACCCCAACCACAGCCGGGGACGGGGUGAACGCGAUUUGGUGGACCAACACACGGCAUGCCAUUCGGGUGGACGCGAAAGAAGCAGACGCGCAGCAACAGCAGAAGUGGGGCAGGGGCAAAUGCGCCACCGCUUUCACGGUUGUGUUUAAUCGGUUAUUGAAUUAAACUCACAUGAAUUCGAGGAAAACAACAGAAAACUCAUUUUUCGGUGCGUCUGGUUGAGAUUGACGGGUGCCUGAAGCAGCGGUGGUUAAGCAAAAAGUUACGCCUAAUGUCUAAUUAGCAGAUGUAAUACUAGUUAAGCGAUGUAAAGUGAGUGCAAAUAGGUGGAUGAAUGCGUGAGAACUGUGUGUGAGCAAAAAAAAAAUAGGCGCAUGAUUAGUGCGCAAACGGUUUAGGAUACUACAUUUACAAUACAUAGAAUAGUGGCAAUUUUUGUUUGUUUGUAAGCGCUUUGAUGAGGGCGUGUGAAACGCGCCAUGAACAAAGGUUAGAAUGAGAUCUGGACGACUGUAGUUUUUUUUUCUCUCGGACACGAAAUAAAUUUUUUUCGAGAGUAGGAUUAUCUAGGCAACGGUUUGACCUCUGGUUCGUAGCCGACCAGUGGUCAGAGAAGCGCGUAGUUGGAAGAAUGAGGGCUGAUGAAAGUGAAGGUAGUUAGUAGGGAAAAUGGUUUAUUUUUUUAACUUUUAGAGAGAUUUACGCAAGAAACAAAAAUAAAAGAUUUCUCUGGAUGCUGACACACUCUUGUAUUUAUCUGUAGAAAUGAUUUUCAAACAGCACUAUAAAUUGUUAUUUUAUACCUGAAUAAAUGUCACUUUCGGAUUCGGCUUUCGAAGAGAA